AUGGCGGCUUCGACACGCCCACCAGUUAGCCCAUGGCACGCUAGGGCCCUACCCUUCGUACUCGCCACCGGUAGGGGCGGCGAGCUAUUCAUACAGACCGCUGGAGCAUUCCGGUACUGCAAAGUAUCGGGGAGUCGCUCAAUAUUCAUCACGCACCUCAGAUGGGAGUCUCUAGAAGCAGAGGCAAGUCAUUUCCUCCCUCUCCAAUAUACCAGAGAGACUAUUGUCGAACUAUGGAUGAAAGCGGCAGACAUGCACAACCGCUCCACUAGUCUUACGGCUUACAUGCAUGCCAACCUGGAUCUGGGGGCCAAUCUGCGGCCUGCAGACCCCGUGAAGCUGAAAGAUCUCAAUGUAUUGCGGGAGUACUCGGACAAGACUGAAGCCCUCCACCGUCAUCGAAUGAUCCAGCUUCCUCACCAGCCUCAUCGAUGUCGUAUCUGCUGGACGCAUCUACCAGGAGUGGCCAACCAGGCAAUGUCCACCACUACCCACCCGUAUCUCCCCAAAAUUAUCGACACGUCCCGGCCGAGGUCGACAUGGAGCUUCCAGAUUAUCCGAAACCUGGAGGAAGUUCUCGACGAUUCCGACACCGUCGAGGCGCUAAUGCGCGCGCUCGAGUCGGAGUUCAACCUACCGUUCCACGCGAUCCAGCGGCCGGCCUACGCUUGGGGCGAGGAUGACGGGGACAUUCCGCAUGACGAUAGCGCGGUCGAGGUGCCCAAGACCAGUGCAAGUUCUGCUCCAGUCCAUCAUUGUUCGCGCGGCUAUCGGCUCAUACAUGCUCAGGGUAUCCUCUGGCCGGUCCACGCGCUGCUUUCAUGGUUGCUCCCUUCGGCUCCAAACGGGGUCGCUACACGCUCGGAGUCCGAGCCGGUCUCGGCGAAGAGUUUACCCAUCCGCGCAAAGGCGAACUAG